AGGUUUCUACAGACGUCCCAUCUUCACACAGUAGUAGAAUGUAGGAGUCCAUCGACUAGAGCUGGUCUCGGUCGACGUCACAAUGGGAGGUUCUUAUUGGUCAGUUCCGUGGCCGUCAGGCACAACAGCUCACAGGUGAGUCGGUGUCAAUGCGAAAUACAGGAACUAGUCUGAUCCUCUCACAAUUGUUUUAAAACAUUACACCAUGCUCUGGUUGUUACACCUUGACACAUGUGGUCAAAAUCCAAGACACUUCCUGUUGUAUAAUAGUUUGUCCUGUUCCUUUAGAAAUCCUUCCACCUGAUUUGUAAAAGAGGUAUUUUGAUUGGCACAAUAUAAAAUAAAAGCUGGCAUGCUAUGUUAUAUUUUCAGAUCUCAAGUGAAACCCUUCCCACGGCAUCUCCAGUGCUGGAAGCAUCCAUCCCCAGCACCACAGUCAUGGAUCCCACCUCUAUAAACACACAGCCAAUCACUGAGCAGGUAUUUGAGGCUGCACCAACUGUAAUGGAUGUUCUGCAGGGGGUGGGAGUAGAGCUGAGCCUAUCAGAGCUGGGCCUGGGGAGCGCCACCCCCGUGGGCCUGGUCCAGAACCUACUCGAGUUCAUGCAUGUGGACAUGGGGAUGCCGUGGUGGGGAGCUAUUGUUGUAGGUGAGACAUUUACAUGACAUUAACAUUUUAGUAAUCUAGCAGAUGCUCUUAUCCAGAGCUACUUACAAUCAGUGCAUUCAUGUUAAGAUGGCUAUGUGAGACAACAACACAUCACAAUCGUAUCAACAAAGUAUUUAUCAGCAAAGUCAGUGCUAGUAUGAAAAGACAAGUGUCUUUUUUUGGGGGGGUUGCCGGGGGCGCCGUGAGUUAUUAAAUGUACUCUUCAAAGAGGUAGGGUUUCAGACGUUUUCGGAAGAUGUGCAGGGACUCCGCUGUGCUGACUUUAGGGAUAAGCUUUUUCCACCAUUGGGGUGCCAGGACAGAGAAGAACUUUGACUGGGCUGAGCGGGAGCUACCCUCCCAUAGGGGUGGAAGGGCCAAGAGACCACAGGUGGUGGAACGGAGUGCUCGGGUUGGGAUGUAGGGUUUGAGCAUAGCCUGAAGGUAGGGAAGGGCAGUUCCCCUUGCUGCUCCGUAGACAAGCACCAGGGUCUUGAAGAUGAUGCGAGCUUUGACUGGAAGCUAGUGGAGCGGGAUGACAUGCGAGAACUUCGGAAGGUUGAACACCAGUCAGGCUGCAGUAUUCUGGAUAGGUUGCUGGGGUUUGAUGGCACAAGCGGGGAGCCCAGCCAACCGAGUUGCAGUAGUCUAGAUGGGAGAUGACAAGUGCCUGGAUUAGAACCUGUGCUGCUUCCUGUGUGUGGAAAGGUUGUACUCUACCGAUGUUGUAGAGCAUGAACCUGCAGGAGCGAGUCACUGCUUUGAUGUUUACAGAGAACGACAGGGUGUUGUCCAGGACCGACGUCCAAGCUGAGAUAUUUGCAAGGCACGCAAAGAUGUCGCCACCUGGGUGUCAGAAGAGGGGAAGGAGAAAAGUAGUUGAGUGUCAUCCACAUAGCAAUGAUAGAAAAGCCCAUGUGAGGAUAUGCAAGAGCCGAUUGACUUGGUGUAAAGAGAAAAUAUUUUUCCACUUUGCCAGCUCGGGAUUUGAACCAGCAACCUUUUGGUUACUGGCCCAACGCUCUUAACCACUAGGCUACCAGUCUCCGUUGAGUGAGCUGUCUUGAAGCCUGACUGGUUAGGGUCAAGAAGAAUUGUUCUGAGAGAUAACCAGAGAGUUGGUCAGGGACAGCACGCUCAAGUGUGUUGGAAAGAAAAGAAAGAAAGGAUACCGGUCUUUAGUUUUUGAUGUCAGAGGGGUCGAGUGUUGGUUUGUUGAGGAGGGGGGCAACUCUGGCCAUCUUGAAGUCAGAGGGGAUGCAGCCAGUGGUCAGGGAUGAGGGAAGUGAGGAAUGGGAAAACAUCUCCAGAAAUGGUCUGGAGGAGGGGAUGGGGUCAAGUGGGCAGGUUGUUGGGCGGCCGGACAUCACUAGUCUCAGAAUUUCAUCUGGAGAAAGAGGUCAAGGCGUAAGGUAGUUCUGUGUGAGUGGGACCGGUGGGCUCAGUAGGCUGAGUGAAUGAGUAACUGAUGUCUUUGUCCUUUUUUUCAAGGUGGUUGACAGUCAUUCGCAGGGAAGGGGAGGAGGUGGAGGAUUAAGGAGGGAGGAGAAAGUGGAGAAGAGUUUCCCAGGGUUAGAGGCAGAAGCUUGAAAUUUAGAGUGAUAGAAAGCAUCUUUAGCAGCUGAUACAGAGGAAAAUAAGGUAGAGCGAGAGGAGGGAGUGGAAGGAUAAUAGGUCCUCCGGAGGUUUGGUUUUCCUCCAUUUCCGCUCAGCUGCCCGCAGCACUGUUCUGUUAGCGCGUAGUGAGUCACAGACCAUAGAAUUAGGAAUUAAUGUAAUUUAAUAGGAUCUCUAUGGGUGAGACCCUCCUCAUCAGAACUCUGUGUGGGUUGCCUCAGCCUGUCUAGCUUCAAAUCAUCAGACUUGAGUCCAAUAUUCACAAGGAGAUACUUGGUUGUAAGAGGCUUUUGGUAUUUAUCUUGAUGUAUUGCUGACUUUCCUUAUUUUUUUAUUUUGUCCAUUUCUGUUUUUCUCUUACACACCCACACCCACAGGCACGGUGCUGGCCCGCAUCAUGGUGUUCCCGGUCAUCGUGAAGGGUCAGAGGGAGGCAGCCAAGCUGAACAACGUUAUACCAGAGAUGACCAAACUCACCAACAAGAUGAACGAGGCCAAACAGAGCGGAAACAAGUUUGACUGUUAGUCUUCUCUCUCUCUCUUCCUCAACUCAUUUCUGUUUAAUGACAUAUGUAUCCUCCCUCUGUAUUUAUCCCUCUCAUCUCUCAUUGGAACUGUUCCCUUCUUUUGCUGCUCUACUCUUCUCAUUUCAUUAUUUCCCAGAUAGAGAUGAAGCCUUAUACUAAAAACCAUUUUCAAUGGAGAAUCUCCAUUGCUUUUAACUCAAUGACUAGGCUUGAUCUCUGUCCAGGAAAGCGGCCCUUACAAAAAUGAUAUAUAUAUAUUUUUUACAUAAAAUAACAAAAAUCCCAACAAAUCAGCUCCAAGUGAUUUUUAUUUUGGACAUCUGUUCCAAAGUAUUCUCAUGCAUAAUAUAUAUAUAUAUAUAUAUGAUCGUAUUCAAAUGUAAGCAAGGUUUGAAAUUAUGUUUUUAGUUUUGAUCCCUGCUGUAGUGUGUGAUGUCUCCCUCAGUUUCUCAUGUGAGGUAAUAUUUCUGUGUUUCUCCUAGUUGCUAAGGCGUACUCUGACCUGACCAUGUUCCAGAAGAAGCAUGACGUCAACCCUCUUCGUGGCUUCCUGGUCCCUCUGGUGCAGGUCAGUUACAGUCAGUGUCCUCUGUAGCUCAGCUGGUAGAGCACGGCGCUUGUAACGCCAAGGUAGUGGGUUCGAUCCCCGGGACCACCCAUACACAAAAAUAUAUGCACGCAUGACUGUAAGUCGCUUUGGAUAAAAGCGUCUGCUAAAUGGCAUAUUAUUAUUAUUAUUAUUAUUAUUAUUAUUAUUAUUAUUAUUAUUACAGCUACGUCUCUCUCUCCCCCCCCCCCCCCCCCCCCCCUUCACUGAUUUGAAAGAAAAUAACUGAUAUAUAAGUAAUGAUGGAAACUCCCACUAUAGCCCAUGCCUCCACACAAUCCAAUGCUUUACAAUUUAUGGGAAGUAUUGAACAAGGAGAAAGAAGAUAUUAAUGGGACCUAGUAUUUAGGACCCAAGACUAAUCCCACCUCUCUCCCUCUCUCUUUUUCCAGACUCCAGUCUUCAUCUCGUUCUUCAUUGCUCUCAGAAAGAUGUCCUACCUCCCUGUCCCCAGUAUGCAGACAGGAGGGUGCUUGUGGUUCUUCGACCUCACAGCAGCAGACCCCUUCUACAUCCUCCCCAUCGCUGUGACCGGAACCAUGUUCGCCAUCCUGGAGGUAAGUUUAGUCAAGUCAUAACCCUGUCCCCAGGCUAUUGCGCAUUGGGCGGACAUGUCUGGGGAAAUAUUAUUCAGCUGUGCUGACCUUGAUUAGCUUUUUUUAUAUAUAUAUAUAUAUAUUGAAUUUUUUAUCAAACAGGAUAUUAUAACUUUUCUUUUAUAAAUGUUUUAUUGAAAUAUUUGAAUGCAAGAUUAUGAAUAAUAUUUGCAUAGUAUUAACAGUAUUGAGCCUGAAUAACAACCACCUGUCUGUCUCCCUGUCUUCUCAGUUGGGGGCAGAGUCUGGUGUGGAUAACCCUAACCUGAAAGCCAUGAAGACUGUGUUCAGAAUCAUGCCCUUCGUCAUCCUCCCCCUCACCAUCAACUUCCCCACGGUCAGUCGCUCUCUUUGUUUCUCUCUGUUUAUCUCUUGCGCCCCCCUGUGGCAGUAUCAUAAAUAG